GGUCAAGUUUUCUUGUCACAUUGCAUUGGGAUACAUCACUUGGCAGGUGGUGUAUUGUGGUGACGUCAGUAUCAAACAUCAUGAAGCACAUUCAGUCCGGCACCCACGGUCCAGUGCAGUGAUAUCAGCGGACCAGGACCAGGAGGACAAACGGACUGCCUCGUUACAAUUUUCGGCAUACAACUGGCCGCGGAGUGCAACAUUUCAAACAGCUUUGGAAAAACAGGCAAAUGACGUCAGAGCAGAAAAAGCAAAAUGGCGCAUCGAACAUGCCAGGAACGGAGAACUUACAAAAUCAUUCCGCAAUUCGUCGAAUUUACUGGGAGUCAGUGUUUUGAUAACUGUGAUAUCUAUGAGGAGGGAUACUAUUGACGGAUAUGAUCCGAUGUAUUUGAGCCAAGUCAUGACGGAAACUGUAGACCUUUACCGCCGGUUUCAGACCAUCGGCGGUGACCCGAAUUUCUUCCGUUUGGUGCUAUGCAACAUUGAUCCCUUGCCGCAAUCUUAUGUCGAACUAAACAAACUAGCUGAAGUUUACAAAAUUCAUACUUUUACACGAUUUUUGAAUUCCCGCCCGUCCGAUUACGAAAACCGCAACCGGCAUUUAAAAGAAAGGAAUGAUUAUAUUUACUGCCUCAGAAAAUCUCUCGAACUCAACCCGCGUUACGUCAUAUUAUUAGAAGAUGAUGCACUUCCGAUCAAGGAUGCAUUCUGGGUCAUAUACAACACUGUCACUAACUCUUUAGAACGCUACUUAAAAAUACACCUUAAUGAGAAAUUAGGGUUUGUAAAGUUCUAUCAUCCAUAUCGUUUCUUUGACAGAGUAGUGUAUUGGGAACUUUUAGGCUUCAGUUCAUUUUUUGGAACCAUAUUGACAACAUUUCAUUACUUUCUAUCAAAGGACAAGUCCUUCGUGUAUAUGAACUGGUUCUUUUACAUUCUACUCGUUUUCCUCAUAGGUGUCACCCUGGGGUAUGCAAAUCUUUUAAAGAUGCGCCACCUGUCGACGCAUCUGUACACUAUGAUCCCGUCACGUGAUUGUUGUACGCCUGCUGUGUUAUUUUCAAAUUCGAGCGGCCAUGACUUCGCAGAUUAUUUUGAUAAGCAUCCAUGUCAUUCAGAGUCUUGCCCGAAGGACCUUCUUCUGAGGCCUUUUCUUCGAGACACUAAAUCUCAAGGCCUAAUGGUACUUCCUAAUAUAUACGAUCAUAUUGGUUUAUACUCUAUCGUGCAAAAACGGGUUAAACACCCAGAUGUUUUAAAUUAAAGAUAGUUUUUUUGAAAA